CGCAACUGUGUCAGCCGAUCCCUCCAAGUUCAGCCAGUGACAUUCCCAUAGUGCGAUUGGAUGCCAAUUCUCAAGAAAACGCAGUGUUUUGUUCCUGAACGCUCAUGCCCUGAACUGCUGAGAUUAUUCCCAUUAGCUUUCCUGCUAUUAACCGCCACUUUUUUCUCUUAAUUUGAUCCAAAAUAUGGCCCGCGCGAAAAAGCACAAUCUCUCAGAGUCAUGCAUUGACGGAAUACUGGACAACAAGCGCGCAGCCAAGAGCGCAAAGACCAGCAAAAACGACAGCGAGCAGCAUCUGCGUGCCGAAGGCAUCUACUAUGAGGAGGAAGGACUGCAGCGGAUUACGCCCUACUACCACAAAUUUGCCACCCACGCUAAGGGCCGGUGGGUUGGGCGUACGAUUUUCGAAGUAUUUAGCAAAGAAUUCCGUGACCGCAGCGUCGAAUACUACGAGGCGGCGAUCGAACAGGGCCUGAUCGAGAUCAACGGAGAAAAGGUGCAAAAGGACACGAUAGUGUGCAACAGCGAUUUGGUCACGCACUACAUUCACCGCCACGAGCCGCCGGUGACUACGCAGGCCCUGGGUAUAGUUGAGAAGAUCCAGGACGGGCUGCUGCUGAUUGAUAAGCCCGGAAGCAUCCCGGUUCACCCGACUGGGCGGUACAAUUAUAACACAGUGACAAAGAUCCUGGAGAUAAAACACGGGUAUAAGACGCUGUUCCCCGUCAACCGGCUCGACCGGCUGACCUCCGGCCUGAUGCUGGUGGGACUGAACGUCGACGUUGCACGCAGAAUGGAACGCGACCUGACUAACCACCGAAUCCAAAAGGAGUACGUGUGCAAGGUCAAGGGAGUGUUCCCAGAGGGUAAGAUAGUUUGCGAUCAGCCCAUUCGCGUGGUCGCACACAAGCUCAGCCUGAACUGCGUCGAUCGCGAGCAGGGUAAGCCCUGCUUGACCGAGUUUGAGCUUCUGUCGACCGACGGGGAGCAGAGCAUUGUAUACUGCCGCCCGAAAACCGGACGGACCCACCAGAUUCGCGUGCACCUGCAAUUCCUUGGCUUCCCAAUCGCCAACGACCCGCUUUACUGCAACAGAGAGGUCUGGGGCGACAGCAUGGGCAAGGACGGCGUGUUGCCGCCGAAAAAGCAGAGUGUCGAGGCGCAGACCAUUGAGGAGGCGGUUGUCGCUGAUACCAAGGGUAUGUCUGGAAAAAUGAACGGCAAGCGCGACGAUGACGGCGACAACGAGGCGUGGAAGUCUGUGGUGCAACGCAUGGAAGAGUGGAAAACGAAGCAGGAAUUGAUCGAGCAUAUAACGAACACUGUUGAUCCGACGACUGGUGCGCAGGUAUGCGAAAAAUGCUCGAGCCCGGUGCUGGCUGAUCCGACUCCUGACGAGCUGUGCAUCUGGCUGCACGCAUGGCGGUAUAGCGGCCCUGGAUGGUCGUACGAGACCUCGUUUCCUAAAUGGGCAGAGGGCACAAUUGAGCAUAUUGAGCGCGUCAAGUACCAGGCUGGACCCAGCGAAUAACGCUAGAGAUUGAUUUUUUUCUCCGUAGACUUUAAUUUCCUUUGCGGGUAAUUGAUGCUUAGCCUAGUACCACCACAUAAUUAUUAAAGACCUAUAGGCAAUUUAAAUUGCUUGCAUUUUCGUGUGAUUUCAUAUUUAUGAAUAAAGGGUCUGAAGCUAUUGGCGC